UUAAUCGAUUGCCAAUCUUCUAUGUCUACUUCUAGUGAGAUGGCCUCUAGUGCCUUUCCAGUUAGUUUGUUUCGAAUCAGACAGAUCGCGAUUGGAUCGUUAUUUCCAAUAUUGCGCGCGGCUAAUAUGGAUUCUAUGGAUCUUAUAUAGACAUUCAAUGAUUUUGCGUUCCCAUCAUAGGAAGGUAAUAUUUUGUCAAUUAGGUCAUAAUUGGAUUCUAUUAUCGAUUUCGUUUCGUUUUUUAGGACCUGAGUGGCCACGUUAGCUAGGUCACCUAAGCUGCUGCCUCGUAUAUUCAUUUUUAAAUGCGAAAAUAUAAGUAGGUAUAACCACAAUAAGUAUACUUAACUAGAAAUAUGGAAAUUUGAAUCACACAAUUCUGAAAAGGACGUGCUAUAUACUUUUUGAGGAAAUGUGGACAAUUGAAUCACACAAUUUCAGGAAUGUUUUGUAGGAAAAGCGGGAAAAUGGGAUCACACACUUUUCACAGGACGGUAUGAUAAGGACUACUGGGCAACAAAGUAAGCUUACUUACCCCCAAUAUAGCCUCAUCUCCCAGGUUUGAGUCUGAUGGCGCGCUGGUCUCGGUGCUGGUGCUGGUCCUCAGCUACGGUAGGUUCAGCAGGAUAGUGCGGCGGCGUGCAGAGGUUGAUGCUCGCCCAGGGCCUGGUUGUGGUCUUCGGCUGCUGCGGUGUAUUCGUUGGAUACGCCUGAAGCUGUUAGCACUGACUCUACAACUUUACUAUUCUACCACAACUGCGCCAGUUAUGUAUGGAGCGUAGCCGGGAAGCUUUUAAAAACACACGUCUUGACCAAGCGGCCGUUUAUUUCAGACUAACUUUACCAUACACUUUAUCUUACAGCUAAGUUCUUAUCUCUAACUUAUAACUGUUUUAUUAUUGAAAACUCUAAGAAAUUUUAUCAACACAUUUUAUUGUAAAAACCAAGACAACAUGAAUGACAGAACAUGCAAUGGCGGGCAAUCUGACAGAUGACAUUAAGUUAACAGAAACCAUAAAUAAAACAAUAACUACCACUUAAUUACUUGGGUUCGUGAGAACCCUCUAAAAACUAGGCACUUAUCCUACAUAACUCGAUACAAAAAAGUUUUCUUACUUUCAAAUGUAGGAAUUGAAAUUACCUUGUCUAGUCCUAAGUCUUUAAUUUCUGAUAUUGCUUCACUGAAAGCUGUCGGUAUGGCAGGUACAUCAGCUGUGAUGAUUUUUUUCUUGCAGUAUUGCUUCGUCUCACUCAAACUCACGAGUUUCCUCUCGAGGAGAUGAACUGUGAAUCUAUGACUGAGAAUGAAAUUGUUAUUUAUCGCACUCAAAAAUGGACUUAGAUUUUGACGAGACUGAUAUUAAUUCAACUUUUUUUACAAGUAAACUGAAAAUUUUAUCGGGAACUUCAUCACGAAAUUUUUUUGUCCACUUAAAAAUUAGUUUUGGGUUUUUAAUAGUUUUAUAAAAUCUAAUACAAUACAUAAGAUUUUAUUUUGCGACAAAAUGUUUUCAAUGAUACCUACUUAAAUGUCUACUUAGUUUUGGUGUCAUACCGCACUGAUACAUGAUCACCGAUAUUAUAUUUUAUAGCAAUUCUUCAUCUGAAACAGCAUCUAAUAUAUCAGAAUCUCUAUGGCUGCUCAUAGAAUCUGAAACGCUAGUUGUGGAACUGUGAGAGUGAUUCUCCUCUCAACAAAUAGUUAUUUAGUCCUAAAAUCAGAGGAAUAUCAUCAUCGAUUUCAUUGUUUAUUUCAACAGAAUAUAUUCCAGAAUGCCGAACAUGUUCUCCGUAAUAGGAUCUUGCUUGCUUUAGUUGGUAGGUGCCUAGAGCGAAUCUCUUCAGGUCUGUAAUUGAGUUUUGGAAAUCUCACUAAAUGAGGAUGAUUGCCAUCAAUCCGCUCAGGCUCAGGAAUACGCAAAUCCACACUUGAUCUAGGUUUGUUGAAAAAAUAUCGAUAUAUUCGAUAUUAUUAAUUCGAUAUAUCGAUAUUUUUUGCCGAUAUAUUGUUAACCGAUGAAUCGAUAUAAGCUUGGAAGUGCCUUUACAGCCGACGCCGGCUACCAAUUCUAAAGUCGCUAGAAUCCAAAGCCGUAAAACAAAUGGAAAAAUAACUGUAUAGUAUUCAUUCUCCUUAGAUAUUGUAUCAAGAAAUCAAUGCUCAAACAAACAAAACAAAAUAUUCUCCUUAGAUAUUGUAUCAAAAAAGCAAUGCUCAAACAAACAACAUAUAAUAUUCUCCUUAGAGUUUGCUCAAACAAACAAAAUAAAAUACAAUACGCAACACAAUUAAAUUAUGGGUUUGACUUCCAGUUUGUACGGACUUCUUUAAAAAAAAAGUGCACUAAAAACAAAAAAAAGCUGUUACGAUGGUUACUGAACAUACGCACACAAAAACCAUGUCUGUUAAAAAAAAAAGGUUACUGUGUAGUGUUUCUGAACAGUUUUGUGUGGUAAGGCUCAAAGCAUGAAAAAACGCAAAGCGCUUUUUCGUACCCGUUGCAGUAAGAUGUGACGCGCUUGCCACACUCCGCGCAGUUCCGCCGGUGGCGAUGGCUGGAGGUCUCCAACGCAGUGUACUGCUUCGGGUAGUGCUUGAAGCCUUGUGUGUUUCUGUCUGUUUCACGGUGGUGUGUAAUAAUGGGCGUAGGCCUGGGUUGUGGAGAGUGCCGUCACAAAUGACAAUUGCAGGCUUAAUAUUCUCUGCUAAAUCUGGAUUGCCAAAUAAACCAUCUGGAAUAAUUUUAUUUUCCUGAGCUACAUCUUGGAUUGACAAACAUCCUAAUCCCAAAUAUAAUGGCACAAACGAGUUUGUUAAACAAUUUCUAGCUUUAGACAUGUAUCUUUCUAAAGUACUUCUUGCAAGUUUUACUUCUUGGAAGUUUAAACAAUGUAGACAAUCGUUCAUAGCUUUCUCCAGUUCUGAGCUUAACUAACAAUAUACUUAAUUCCACACUUGGGCAUGGAACUUCAUGUGAUAAUUGUGGUAUAUGGGAAAGCAAUUGGUAAAACUCCUCAGAGUUAAUGCCUAACCAAUAGUAGCAGAGAUGAGAAUUCAUUUCUCUUAUGUUAGAGAAAUCUAUCUGUCUGCGACCAGGGACACGAUUCUCAUGCAAUCGAAAAAAGUUCACAUUCGUAAAAUAAUUCGAAGAUCGAAUUUUUUUCGAUUGUUACACAGUGUGUGUAUUCUGAGAAGUUCACGAUCGAAAAAAUUCGAUCGAACACCACUCGAACGCAACGAGUGCUACUGACCACUCGAAGUAGGAGUUCGUAUACGAAAUUAGCUGUCAAAGUCAUAAUCCGCCGCUGUAAAAUCAUAAUUGGUUUUAGCUGUGAAAAAUCAAGGAAGUUUUUCUCUUUAUCCAAUUUUAAGCUCAAAAUGAACGAGGACGAAUUUAUCGUUGACUUCUUCGGUAACCUGCUUGAGGAGUUGGAAGCAGCGACCGUGGAUCCGCCGCGGCGUAGAGUUCCGGCAAAUUUGGAUCCCUUUAGCUUCAGCGAUGCCCAGUUUAUAAAACAUUUUAGGCUCACUAAAAGCCUUGUAUUGGAUCUCAUCCAAAUUAUUGAGCCAGUGAUUGAGCAGCGAUCACGGAUUGAUAUAAAAACCAAGGUGUUGUGUGCAUUGCAUUUUUUUGGAACAGGGAGCUACCAAACACCUUCAGCAAAAUUAAACUGCCUAAACAUUUCGCAACCAUCUGCCUCCCGGUGCAUCUCGGAGAUAGUUGAUGCUUUAAAUCAUCCAAAUGUAUUUGGUACUUGGAUUCGUUUUCCAAGUACUCAUCAAGAACUCCAUGAAAUUUCGAGAAGCUUCUGCACUGCCUAUGGGUUCCCAGGGAUUGUUGGUUGCAUUGACUGCACCCAUAUUUCCAUAGUUCCUCCUCAAAGACCAUUUGAGGAGAGGAGCUAUGUAAAUAGGAAGCAUUACCACUCCAUCAAUGCGCAAUUGAUAUGCGAUUCAAACUUAAAAUAUUAAAUGUAAAUGCUCUGUUCCCUGGAAGCACACACGAUUCAUAUAUCUGGAAUAGCUCCAACGUCCUUCCUGUGAUGGAACAAUUAUACACAAGUGGCCAUCAAAGUUAUCACCUUAUAGG